AUGAGUAGUGUUUUUGAUAAACUCAAGAAACAGAGAUCAAAGGAAUGUAAGGCAACCGAUUUUUAUGAGGUUAAAAAUAAAAAUGAUGAAAUAUACGAAGUAGUGGAUGAGGAAGGGUAUAUGAAAAAUAAAAGGUCCUUACAAAAUUUUAUAGUUGGAGGUGAUAAAGAUUUUGAUUCAAGUGAUGAUGUGAUUGUGGAAAAUAUAAAUUUUACUUUAUUGAAAAAAAAAAAUGUUGAUAAAGAACCCAAAGUCAAGAGAAAUCAAACCCUAGAUGAUUUCAUACGAGAAAAGAAACUUCGAAAAACGUUGUCAGGAAAUAAAUUAAGCAAAGAAGAAAUUCACAAAACAAAAAAUAUCGAAGAACUUAUGGACCAAAAUACCUCAAGUGAUAGUGAUGGAGAAUCGAGAACAAGAAAAAGGAAAACUAGGGAAUCCUAUGAAAAUAGUAUGUAUAAAAAUAUGAACAAAUCAAGUUGUUAUAUUAGAAGUAAAGAUUAUGAGUAUAAUAUAUAUGAUAUGAAACAUACAAAUGAAUAUAAUAAAAAAAUAAUCGAAAAUAAUAAUAAUAAUAAUAAUAAUUAUUAUUAUUAUAAUAAUUAUAAUGAUAUGUCUUUUUCUAAUAAAGAUUUGGAAUAUUCAAAGUAUACUAAAGUAAAGAAUGAAAAAGAAGAUAUAGAUAAACAUCAACCAUAUGAUAUACAUAGAGAUAUGGGAUCAUCUCUUAAAAAAAAAGAAAACUAUGUUAAACAAGAAGAACAAUCAAAUAUGAUAAAUGUUGGUAAUGAUGAUGACAUAAAUGAAAAAAAAAAUAAAAUUCAUCUUAUGAAAAAUGAACUAGUACUUAAAAAGGAAAUUCAAAUUAAAGAAAAUGAGGAAAAUAUAAAAGAAGUAAAAGAACAAGGCUCAAAAAAUAACAACAAUAAAAAUAAUAAUGACAAUAAUAAUAAUAAUAACAAUGUAGAUGAUUUUUAUAACGAUUAUAUCUUAAACGAAAUGAACAUAUCACCACUUUUUAUUAAAAUUGAAAAUGAGACCUUAAAAAAAGAAGAGAAGAAAUUAAAAGAAAAUGAUAUAAACGAUAAAGAGGAAGAUAUAUUAGAAAAUGAUAUAGAUUCUGAAAUGCUAAAAAAUAAAUAUGAACAAUUAAUAAAAUAUGAAGAAAAUAAUAAUUUAUUUGUAAAUGUAUAUGUUUUUGAUAUAUGUAAGCAUAGAAAUAGUAUAAUAUUAUUUGGUAAAACUUUAACAAAAUUUAAAAAAUAUAAAAGUAUAAGUAUAUUUAUAGAAAAUUUAGAUAGAUAUUAUUAUUUCUUAUUAAAUAAAAAUAAAGUAUAUUAUGAAAACGGUGAAGAAAUAAAAUUUAAUCAUGAAAAAUUUAAAAUUCAUAUUAUGUCCGAAUUUUUAGAAGAAUUCAAAAUUAUAAGAGAAUAUCAUAACAUAAAAAUGGCAAAAUAUAAAAUCGUUAAAAGAAAAAAUUUAAAUUUAUCUUCAUAUGACGACGAAUUAUAUAUAAAGGUAUUAUAUUCUUAUAAUAACGAUCCUAUACAUGAAAAGUUUCAAAAGGGUAGUUCCUAUUUAUCUUUUUAUUGCUGUAAUGAAGAUAUUGUAGAAAACUUUAUUAUAAAGAAAAAUUUUAAAUUACCUUGUUGGAUAAAAAUAAAAAAUUUAAGAAAAAAUGAUUUAAGCAAUUUAACAUAUUGUUAUUUUGAUUGUAUUGUGGAAGAUAAAAAGAGUAUAUUAUUAUGUGAUAAGGUUCAUGAGAAGAAAGUGGAUACAAGUAAAAAUAUAGACGAACAGACCAGCCCAAAAAUUAAUAAUGUUAAUAGUAAUAAUAAUAAUAAUAAUAACAAUAAUAAUAAUAAUAACAAUAAUAAUAAUAAUAAUAAUAAUAAUAAUAAUAGUAGUAAUAAUUUUGGUAGAGUUAUAAUUUCUGACGAUGGACCCAAAAAGAUCGAACAAACAUACCAACAAUUAUCUGAUAUUAAUUUAAAUAAAUUAUAUAUAAAAGUUGUGUCUCUAUUAAAUGAAGAAAAUGUACAUGAGAUUUUUAGUAUAUGUAGCUUGGUACAAAUAGAUAAAUUGAAAUAUAUAAAUUUCUGUGGUAUAUCUAGAAAAUGUUCAAAGAAAGGAACAAUGUAUAAUUAUAAUAAAACAUUAUGUAAAUUAUUUGAUAAUGAAAAAGAAUUAUUACAUACAUUUUUAGAAAAAAUUAAAGAUCUAGAUAUAGAUAUAUAUAUUGGUUAUAAUAUACUUAAUUUUGAUUUGGAAUUUUUAAUACAUAGAUGUAAUGUACAUAAUUUAAAUUCUUAUAUCCUAAGUAGAAAAAAAAAAAUGAAAAAAAAUGAAAAAAUGAAAGUUAAUAAAUUUAAUGGUACCAACAGCACAGGAUCUAUGUAUAAUAUCAUACAAAAUAUUAAAGGAAGAUUAAUUGUGGAUAUAUAUCUUCUAUGUAAAGAUUCUAUUAAAUUAACAACUUAUUGUUUAGAUGAAAUUAUAGAUCAUGUCAAAAAUAAAUUUCAAGACAAAUCUAAACAAGUCACAAAUAAAACAAAUAAAUCAACAAAUUUGAAUAAGACAAAUUAUACAAAUCAACAAAGUGUCGUAAGUCAACAAAGUGUUGUAAGUCAACAAAGUGUCGUAAGUCAACAAAGUGUCGUAAGUCAACAAAGUGUUGUAAGUCAACAAAGUGUUGUAAGUCAACAAAGUGUUACAAGCCAAUCUACACAAAGUAGCCAAGCCAACCAACCAAACCAUACAAAUCAAAGUACCCAUAUGAACCAUGUCAAAACCGAAGAGCAUAUCCAUGCUUCAAACAAAGCUACAGGUAAUCAUGAUAUUCCAACCGAUGUUGCAUCCACAAACAGCCACAAAAGCAGCAAUACACAUAUAAACAUCUUCAAAGAUUUUCUAGUAAAUAACAUAAACCUAAUAAAUUGUAGCAAUAUACAUUUAUAUGAUGCCCAAUCUAUUAUAGCAAACAAUUUAAAUACAUAUGUAAACAGUCAAAUAUUUUGUAUUAAUGAAACGGUCAAUGUAUGUAAUAUAUUACAAAUUAUUGAGAAAACAAGGGAUUUAACAAAAUUGAGUGGAUACAUAUGGAUGAGAAGUUUAUUAUGUUAUACAAGUGAACGAGUUGAAUUCUUUCUAUUGCAUGAAUAUAACAAGAAAAAGUUUAUUACACCUUUAAUAAAAAAGAGAACUAAAAAAAUUGAAACCAAUCAAAUGAAAAAUAAAAACACUGCUAAGUAUUUGGGGGGGUUAGUAUUAGAUCCUUUAUGUGGUUACUAUGAUACGUUUGUGUUAUAUUUAGAUUUUAAUAGUCUGUAUCCAUCUAUUAUUAUAGAAUAUAAUGUAUGUUUUAGUACUCUCAAGUUAAAAAAUUGUGACGUAUCCAUAGAGGACAAUAAGUUGAACACAAAAAAAAAUGGCAACAUCAAUAAUGAUUAUGAAAAAAAUAUUCAUAGUGAUGCUGAAAAAAAUAUUCAUAGUGAUGAUGAUAAAAAUAUUCAUAGUGAUGAUGAAAAAAAUUAUGAUAAUGAUAAGAGUUAUAAUAAAUUAGAGGAUGAUAACUUACUUGAGAACAAUGUAGAAAUAGACGAAUUCGAUAGAAGCAAACCAGGGAUUUUACCAUGUAUUUUAAAAUCUUUAGUAGAAAAAAGAUCAGUUAUUAAAAAAUUAAUUUCAAAUGAAAAAAAUAAAGAAAAGAAAGAAUUAUUAUUAAUACAAUCUUUAUCAAUAAAAUUAAUCAGUAAUAGUAUUUAUGGUUGUUUAGGAAAUACAAAUAAUCGAUUUUAUGCUAAACAUAUAGCUUCUUAUAUAACAUCCAAAGGAAGAAAUUUAUUACAACAUACAAAAUUUAAGGUAGAAAAAGAAUUUAAUCUAAAAGUUAUUUAUGGUGAUACAGAUUCUAUUAUGAUAGAUACUGGUAUUAAAGCUAAUAAUAUUAAUAAUUAUAAAGAAUCAUUCAAAUUAGCACAUCUUAUAAAAAAUAGUAUUAAUAAAAAUUAUAAAAAAUUAGAAUUAGAUCUAGAAUGUAUUUUUAGUAAAUUAUUAUUAUUGAAAAAAAAAAAAUAUGCAUGCGCAAAAGUUAUAGAUAAUAAUCUAGAAAAAUAUGAAUAUGAAAUGAAAGGAAUCAAUUUUAUUAAAAGAGAUUUUAGUAAAAUAUCCAAACUUAUUGGUAAUGAGGUAUUAAGAAUUAUAUUUACAAACAGAGACGUGGAUUCAAAAAAUAUUCCUGUCCCUUUAGAAAAUGAUUUAUCUGAGCAGAUACAUGAGUAUUUGAGAACCAUAAACCAGAGGAUACAAAACGAUGAAUUCGAUUUGGACUAUUACAUUAUUACUAAAAAGCUUACAAAGAAUGUACAUGAAUACCAAGAUAAGAAUUCCUUAGGACACGUACUUGUGGCGGAAAGGAUGAUAAAAGACGGAUACAAUAUUUGUGUAAAUAAAGAAAUACAAUAUUGUGUAUGUACGAGUGAAGAUGCUUCUAGGUUUUAUAAAAAGACAAGUGAAAAAUUAAAUAAUUCUCAAUGUUGUUUUAGUAUAAAUGAAAUAAAAAAAUAUAAUUUAAAAAUAGAUAAAGAAUAUUAUAUAAGGAAUCAAAUUCUGUCUCCUAUUAAUAGAUUAUGUCAAUAUAUUGAGGGAACUAGUGCUGAAAAAUUAUCAUCAUGUUUUAAUAUAUAUGAUGUUAAGGAAAUAAAAACAGAUAAACAAAUAGAAGAAAAUUAUUUAGAAACAAAUGUAUUAUCCUUAUUAAAUGAAUCAGAUGAAAGAUUUAAGGAUAUCCAUUUAAAAGGAUUUUUAGUAUGUUCAAAUUGUAUGCAUAAUGUAAAACCAAAUAUAUUUAUUAAAUAUUUUAAAUGUAAUAAAUGUCUUACAUAUUUAUCUAUAGAACAAAUACGAAAUUAUAUAUUCUCAUUUAUUCAUCAUUUAUGUAAUACAUUCUAUAAACAAUUAUAUAUAUGUCAAGGAUGUACAUUAAAAACAAGACGUAUUUUUUUAAAAAACGAUAAAAAUUGUCCAAAUAUUAAUUGUGAAUAUAAUAAAAAUUCUUUAAAACCUUUAAUAUCAAAAAAAUAUAUUUAUCUAAUAUUAGAGUAUUUCUUAUUCUUAUUAAAGGACAAUUUAAAAAAAAUACCCUCCAAUUUGGUUGAAAAAAACAAAUCAGAGCAAUUAAAUGAAACACAGGACACAAACAAUGAAAACGAUAUCACAAGUAAUCAAAAAGAAGAAGCGAAAGAUCCAAAUGGUUCUAUAUCAAAUAUACAUGAUGAUAUAAAUAAUGAACAUUCUGAAAAAAAUAAUCACAACAUAUAUAAAAAAAAUAAUAGCAAUAAUAAUAAUAAUAAUAAUAACAAAGAUAUAGAGAAUGAAGAAUAUUGUAACGAUUUUAUUGUCUGUUUAUGUAUAGAUGAAGGCUUUAAAACUUAUAUUAUUCAUGAUGAUAUUAACAAAUAUAAAAAUAUAAAAGUUGAAGCAUAUGAUGAUAUAUGUAAAUAUAGAGAAUUAAGUGUUAAUAUUACCAAAGGAUUAAAAAUGAAAUAUCCAAAUAUAUCUAACUUUCUUUCCUAUCUAAAUUUAAGAAACAAUGUUUUUUUUAUUAAUUAUAAUGAAGAAAGAGAUAUUAUAAGAAAUUCAAUCAAAUAUAUUGUACACAAUAAUAUAUAUUCACAAAUAUUUUUUGAUCAAGUCUUUUCAAUCUUUCAUUUACCAUUAUCAACUCACAUAACAGAAAUGUAA